UAAAAUCAGCAGCAGCUGCAGAAACUUCUUUUUAACACACUCCCACGAAUAACCAAAAGGAGAAAUAGUUGUCGGAAAUCAAACGAAGAUUCUCCGGCUGAUGGAUUCAACACCAUCACCAUCACCAUCAUCAUCACCAUCAUCAUCAUCAUCAUCAACAGAAUCAGAAUCACCAUCAUCAGAAUCACCGUCAAUAUCUUCACCAAACAAUUCGAGAGCAAAAUUAUCGCAUGACAUUUUACUACGCUGUUCAUUAUUGCUAGGGUUCUUCUUUAUCUCCAUUUUAUCACUCUCCUAUGCAUUCGGCUUCUUUGCUUUACUCUUCGCCACCUUUUCUAUUCCUCCGCCAAUUUCUGUGCCCUCUCAAUGCAAAAUCGUUUCCAGCAGUGUUGACUUGAGAUCAUCAAAAAUAUGUGAACUUGGGCUGCUUAACUAUAAGGCUAAGCGUGUUUUCUACCCGUCUGAAAGAAGGAAAUUUCGCUGUCGCUAUGAUUACUACUGGGCUUCUAUUUUCAAGGUGGAAUAUAGAGACCAUUUCUCAGGUCAGAUAAUACUUGGUCUGGCAGAAGCUCCAAGGGAAGCUCUUCCUAGUGAUUGCCGGCCAAAUUUUGCUACUGCGUUGCUGACAAAGCAUAUACUUAAGGUAAAUGAAACUUAUGAUUGUUGGUAUACCUCUGGGAGAUCCAAAGUUGAGAUAUUUCAAGACAGUUACUUUGGUUGCCAAGCAAAGGAUCCAUCUUUGUUGGAGAUGAUGAGAAGAUACUCUAUAUUGUUCACAAAGUUGAUCCAAAAUUGGUUAUUUGGUCAGCUGAAAUCUAUGCGCAUGGGAUUAUUUGUGAUACUUGGUGUCAUUGUUGGUUUUCUCACCGCCAUUAUUUCCUUAAUCAUGUUUACACUUUUUAGUAGAUUGUUAUGUUCGUUCCCUAGAGCUGCAGCAGCAAUGUUAGGCUCGCUAAUUCAUCGGAUGAUUUUUUCUCGGAUAUUUUUCCUUGUGGCAUACUUAUCAAUUGUGGGUUGGUUAGCAAUUCAGUAUGGUAAAAGGCUUGGCCUUCCCGAACUCUUUGUAGAUUAUUAACCCUCAACAACAUAUCUUAAACGUGCUUGAUCGUGUGCAAGCUCGGGACCGCGAUGUUGGUACUUCGUGACAGAUGUAGAAAUCAAAAUAUUUGUUAUUUGCAGAAUGACAUUCAGACGAGAGCAUUGCACAAGACAUGUAGAAAUUAGUGUAUACUCAGAUGAGCAUUUCUGCAGAGUACUUAUUAGCUUGUACUGUAAUUUACAACCAGCCAUCUGAUUCGGUGCUGCUUUCCUGUCUUCUAUGCACCAAGCAAGAGUAUGUUGGAAUGAGUUUUGGCGAUGCUUACUGGAAACACAUUUGCUUAGUCUAGGCUCUAUAUAUCCACAGGCUCUGUAUGACAUGUAUAUACUAGAAGAGAUUGUUUAUGGCAUAUUUAGAAAUUGUUUCUGUAAAGUUUCAUGAGUACUGGAUUUGUUGUACCAGUUUCAUCCUAUACCUGAGAACGGAUAAUCUUGGUGUAAUUUUACUCUCAUUGACGUUCUCCUGCAUGUUCUCAUGGAGUUGAAUAUAUGUGAAGUUGUAGUAUGUGAUCAAACACAUAAGGUGGAGAAUGUGAGAGGAUGUACAAUUAGCCGGCUUGUAGGUUGAACAUCAUGUUGGUUACAUUGAAUUUACUUUUUCAUAUGAUAACAGGUUUUGGUGUAAUUUUGACUCGUGAAUUCAAAAGAGACAAUCUUUGUAAAUAAAAUAUUUAGUGAAUGUGUCAAUGGAAAGUUAUGUAGGA